GCCGGUCUAUAUAAAGGAGAGCUCGGACUCCUCUGCCGGUGCCACAGCCGAGCACGAGCUGACCUGAGCCUGACUCCUCACAAACUCCAGACUCACUAUUUGGACUGAGUCCUGCAGAGAUCUCCGAGGAGCCCGGAGGAGCUGAAAAGAUGCAGCAGAGAAGAAGUUUGGUCCAAAGCAGAGCAGCGGUGGCUCUGUGCAUUGUGCUGUUGAUGCUGGCUCAGCAGGUGUGUGCGGGUCCGCUGGCCUCUCGGCUGGAGUCCGACUCCGACCAGAGUUCAGACUCAAGCGUCCACACGCUGAGGAGGGUCGCUCGGAUGACCCCGCUGUGGAGAAUCAUGAGCAGUAAACCAUUCGGAGCGUACUGCCAAAACAACUACGAGUGCUCCACAGGACUCUGCAGGGCGGGUCACUGCUCCACCAGCCAUCGUUCCCCCGCCGAGCCUGUGAAGUACUGAACGUCCUCGGGACACGUUGACCUGAGAGGACAGACGUGAUCCGUACGAGGGGUUCUGAUGACUGGAACUUACCCAGGCUCUUUAAUCGGACUUUUGUAUUUAUAUGUACCAAUUUGUUUCGGAUGAAAUCUAAAGGUUUCUAUGGAUUCACACAAGCAAGUAGCUCAUAUGUAAGAAAAGCACGCUAUUGAUCCACCGAUUGAAAAUGAGAAGUAUCACUUGAUAUUUUCCACGAGAGGAUCAGUGAGAAAGUUUUUUAACGUGGUCCGAACAACUUCAAACCUUUUUUUUUUUACUGUUAUUUCUACUUCUAUGGACCAAACUCCCUCAGCCCUGAUCUCAAAUGAAGUUUUUAACUUCGUACUCUCUGUCCUGCCAGUUACUGUGGCCCUGAACUCACCUCCUCCUCGGAGCUGAGAAUCGUCAGGCUUCAAAAACCCCAGAGAAAUGUGCUUUGGCCCAAAAAAAGUUCUUAUUUCCUGUUUAACAGAACGACCAAAUGUAAAUUGAACCGUAACAUCAGAUAUCUGCCUCAGAGGGAAUACAGUCGACCGUCAGAGUUUUCAAUAGAGGAAACAAAAAAUAGGAAAAGAAGAACAACCUCAAGAAAACGAGGCGAGAAGAGAAGAGAAGGAGCAGAGGUUACGGAAUUCUGCAGCGAUGCUCGAGCAGCCUCAACGUUUCAUUUCAUUCUGUUAAAAGUUUUUCAAGUUAAGUUUGAAUCUCUUAAACUACAAACACAUCAUUCAUAAUAAACAGAGGAUACAUAGACGUCAUAUAUAUACUUUAUGUAGUAUUUUUUUUUUUUACAUAUAUAUUCGUACUGAUGAUAAUAGUGGCUUAUUUUAGAAUAAUCAAUAACCCAAAACUUUUUGUCUACUUGCUCAGACAAUCUGAACAGAUUUAAAAAACCCUGGUCGAGUGUACAAAUAUUUGGAACAGUUUCCCGAUGACGAGCCGCACAGCCUUGGUUUUUUAUUUUCAGAUUUUGCUUCGUCCACCUGCACAGUUUACGUCGUGCACAGAGCGGGUGGGUGCUGAUAUUUUGUACACUCACGUUUGAGAAAUGUUUGAGUAGGAUUGCACUUUUAAACCAAAUAUUAUCUUUGUACUGUGUCCUGUACGUACUGCGUUAGCGACGUGUGGAGGAGAAGAGGAGGAAUAAAAGCAUUGAAAAA